AUGAAUCUCUACUACGUCAUUCUGUUUUUGGUGUCACCUGAGCUCCGCUCAUGUACAGAAGUCCUUAAAGUCGGUAAUAAAUGGAACAUUGCAAAAGAACUUGAAGCAAUCAAAAGCAAACUAACAGCCACUGUGUAUGCCAGCCUGUUUUUUGAAGAAUACACAGUCAUUCCUAACUAUCAGUUCUAUACCAUGGAGUUUUCUUUGGAUGCA